AUGGAUUAUCAGGAUCGGGUCCUAGAGGAGGUCGAGAUGAAAACCACGUGGAAGUGCUGCCGCUGUUUGCCCGACAGCCUCCAGAAUGUACCCAUCUUUUCUGCGCUGAUCAAGUAUAAUCAGCUGCACGAGAGCAUCUUCGGGAAGUUUCCCUAUGGUCUGCCGCCAAAGCCCAAAGAUUGGAGCAAGAUUGACAUGACAGCCACGGAGUUUCUGAAAAAGAACGGGCUUGAGAUCUUGGAGCCCGUCUUCCUUUACACCCAACAGGUGCAAGGCUAUGGUUUGUUGGACCAGAUCCCAGCUUUCUAUCUUCUUUGGUGGCACCACCCCGAUGUCAUCAACGGUACCGUCCGUGGUUUCCUGGGCUCGGGCGAGUAUUUGGUCUCCGUAUUGAAGAACGGCUAUCAAUCGCUUUGGAAGAAGAUGGUGGAGCGGCAUAGCACGGAGGUGAACUACAUCACUGGUGCAAAGGUCACCGGUGUGAAACGCACGCCCACGGUGGAGGUGAAGUACAUGCACGCAGGUGUCGAAAAGACCUUGGAGGCCGACAUCUUCAUCAGCGCCAUUGAUCUCCGCAGGUUCCGGAACUUAAUCACUGACCUGGACCCGGAAGAGGAGCAACUCUUCGGACGGCUGACCUCGUCCUCGCUGACCACAACGCUCUAUAAGGGCAAGACCACUGAGCAUGAACACACCGUGGAGUGGUGGUUUAGCAGGAUGGGCAACCCAGUGAGCCCGCCCGGUUCGACGGGCAAACCGGUCGCCCAGUUCUAUGGGCAUCGGAAUAGCCGCAUGGUCGCCAGGCCCAGCAUGCCCAGCAAUGGAGUUGAGCUCCGCGUCGCCUAUCAAUACAUGGACCGCCCGAUUGAGUCGGGGGACGCCUCCAAGCUGCUGACCACCCUCGAGAAUCUGACGACCGCAGGGGAAGAGAAGGUGGAUGUCUUGCUCCAGAAGCCGUGGGACUACUUCUCCCGCUUUGAUGCCCAAGGCCUGCGAGAAGGUCUUUUAUGGAAGAUCUUGGACCUCCAGGGCCAGAGAAACACUGGCUUCAUCGGUUCGUCAGUGUGCUUCGAGCAUAGCUUCGUUGCACUGAGUUUGCCAAGGAGUGCUCAGUGCCCCUGCUUGUGA